AUGUCGAUGCAUUUGUAUCAGAUGAGCACCAGGCUGCUCGGGGACACUGUUGGCAAAAUGAACGAUAACCUAACAUCCUUGAUCCUGGCCGUUUCUGUCGUCACCCUCACGUUGGGAUACUUUUACAGCAAAAUACUUCUUAGACGGACUUCUGACAAGCGUGUGAAAUACCCACCUUACAUCCCUUCCAGUAUCCCUUUUCUGGGUCAUGCUGUUGCAUUUGGCAAAAGUCCCAUUGAUUUUUUGGAAAAUGCCUACGAAAAAUAUGGACCAGUUUUCAGCUUCACCAUGGUUGGUAAAACCUUCACCUAUCUUCUGGGUAGCGACGCCGCCACACUGCUCUUCAACAGCAAAAACGAAGACCUAAACGCAGAAGAUGUCUACUCCCGACUCACCACUCCAGUCUUUGGAAAAGGUGUCGCCUACGACGUCCCUAACCCGAUAUUUCUUGAACAAAAAAAGAUGCUGAAGACGGGCCUGAACAUCGCUCGCUUUAAAGAGCAUGUCAGAAUCAUCGAGGAGGAGACCAUCGAAUAUUUUCAGAGAUGGGGAGACAGCGGCCAGAGAAAUCUGUUCGAAGCAUUGUCUGAGCUCAUCAUCCUGACGGCCAGCAGCUGCCUGCACGGCAAGGAGAUCCGCGGCCUGCUGGACGAGCACGUGGCUCAGCUCUACGCAGACCUGGACGGAGGUUUCAGUCACGCCGCCUGGCUGCUACCCGGAUGGCUGCCGCUGCCUAGCUUCAGGAAGCGUGACAAAGCUCACCGGGAGAUCAAGAACAUCUUCUUUAAGGUGAUCCAGAAGCGAAGACGCUCUGAGGAGAAAGUAGACGACAUCCUCCAGACGCUUGUGGACGCCACUUACAAGGACGGACGUCCACUGUCGGACGACGAGAUCGUCGGCUUGCUCAUCGGCCUGCUGCUGGCCGGCCAGCACACGUCGUCCACGACGAGCGCCUGGUUGGGCUUCUUCCUAGCUAGAGAUAAAGCCACGCAGGAACUCUGUUACGCGGAGCAGAAGGCCGUGUGCGGUGACAACCUGCCGCCCCUCCACCUGGAUCAGUUGAAGGAGCUAAACUUGUUGGAGCGUUGCUUAAAGGAAACUCUGAGGCUACGCCCGCCUAUCAUGACCAUGAUGAGGAUGGCUCGAUCGACUCAGAUGGCGUCAGGUUUCACCAUCCCCGCGGGCCACCAGGUGUGCGUGUCCCCGACAGUCAACCACCGUCUGAAGGACACGUGGCGCGAGAGGACGCGGUUCGAUCCUGAGCGCUACCUUCACGAUAACCCUGCCGCUGGAGAGAAAUUUGCCUACGUGCCUUUUGGAGCAGGGCGACAUCGCUGCAUCGGCGAGAACUUUGCCUACGUGCAGAUCAAAACCAUCUGGUCUACGUUGCUGCGUCUGUAUGACUUUGACCUGGUGGAUGGUUACUUCCCUACUAUCAACUACACCACAAUGAUACAUACCCCUAACAACCCCGUCAUUGCAUACAAAAGAAGGAAACAUUGA